UCUCUCUUUCGCCCUUUUCCUUUGGUUCCCAUGGCUUCCAUUUCAAAGUUUCCAACCACCACUUUGGCUUCUUAUUCUUCUUCCUCCUCUCGCAGCUUCAGAUCUUCCGAACCGAGACCUCUGGUUUGUUUCUCCGCCUCAUCCACGGUUAACAAAGGUUUCUCCUCCUUCAAGCUAUCCAUUCGAAGGAAUAAUGUUCAUGACCGAUCCUUGAUUGUUAGGUGCUCCCAACUAGAUGGAAACGUUGCCCAGACCAAGAGAACCGUUCUUCAUGAUCUCUACGAGAAGGAAGGGCAGAGUCCUUGGUACGAUAAUCUCUGCCGUCCUGUCACAGAUUUGUUGCCUCUGAUUGCAAGCGGGGUUAGAGGAGUCACCAGCAACCCAGCGAUCUUCCAGAAAGCGAUAUCAUCGUCAAGCGCUUACAAUGAGCAGUUCAGUGAACUUAUAAAAGCGGGAAAAGACAUUGAAGCUGCAUACUGGGAACUUGUAAUCAAGGACAUUCAAGAUGCAUGCAAGCUCUUUGAGCCAAUCUAUGAUCAAACAGAUGCAGCCGAUGGCUAUGUGUCUGUUGAAGUUUCUCCAAUGCUAGCUGAUGAUAUGGAAGGUACUGUAGAGGCUGCAAAAUGGCUUCAUAAGGUGGUUGACCGUCGUAAUGUGUACAUAAAGAUCCCUGCAACUGCAGCAUGCGUCCCUUCCAUAAAGGAAGUUAUUUCACUUGGUAUAAGUGUCAAUGUAACUCUCAUAUUCUCCCUUGCAAGAUAUGAAGCAGUAAUUGAUGCUUAUUUGGAUGGGUUAGAAGCUUCUGGGUUGAGUGACCUCUCCAAAGUUACGAGUGUCGCUUCUUUCUUUGUCAGUCGGGUAGACACCCUUGUUGACAAGAAGCUGGAGAAAAAUGGAAUUCCUGAGGCUCUUAAUCUCCGAGGGAAGGCUGCAGUAGCUCAGGCAGCGUUGGCCUACCAGCUCUACCAGAAGAAAUUCUCUGGUCCAAGAUGGGAGGCUUUGGAGAAGAAAGGUGCCAAGAAGCAGAGGGUGCUUUGGGCCUCAACCAGUGUCAAGAAUCCAGCAUAUCCUGAUACCUUAUAUGUUGCUCCUCUCAUUGGACCAGAUAGUGUCUCAACCAUGCCUGACCAAGCACUCCAAGCAUUCAUCGACCAUGGUGCUGUCUCAAGGACAAUCGACUCGAACGUGUCAGAGGCUGAAGGCAUCUACAGUGCACUUGAGAAAUUGGGAAUUGACUGGAACGAGGUUGGGACCCAACUUGAACUUGAAGGUGUGGAUUCUUUCAAGAAGAGCUUCGAGAGCCUACUUGGUACCUUACAAGAGAAAGUAAACACCCUUAAGUUGGUCGCACUGCAUGUCUCCAUUGUCUCCGAAUUGGCAUGUCGGCCCAAGGCUACCGGCAAAUCGUUUCGCCCUCAGAUCAUCCUUUUUUUCACCAUCGCUCCAUCUCGUGCUUCCUCCUCCUCCUUACCAACCCAUCUCCUCUGCUGCGCCAAAAUUCUCUACGCGUGUAGGUAUUCUUACAAUAAUAGAACCCAUUUUAAGAAGUCACCUGAUAAUUCCUGUCCAGGUAAAAAUGGCUCCAUUUCUAGAAAUGCUUUUGAGAGAAGAGAAGUAUUAUUCUCUACAGUCGGGUUUCUAGCAGCAGCCAUAUGUGAUGCUUUAAAGGAUGGAAUAGCUGUAGCAUCUGAAUUUGCUGACAUGCCAGCACUUCGAGGGAAGGAUUAUGGGAAGACAAAAAUGCGGUACCCAGACUACGCAGAAACAGAAUCAGGUCUCCAGUACAAGGACUUGCGAGUAGGCAGUGGCCCAACGCCAAAGAUGGGGGAAACAGUUGUGGUCGACUGGGAUGGUUAUACCAUAGGAUACUACGGCCGAAUCUUUGAAGCACGAAACAAGACAAAGGGUGGUUCUUUUGAGGGUGAUGAUAAAGACUUCUUCAAAUUUACACUUGGAUCUCAACAGGUAAUUCCUGCUUUUGAGGAAGCUAUUUCAGGCAUGACUAUUGGUGGCAUUAGAAGGAUCAUAGUUCCCCCAGAAUUGGGAUAUCCAGAGAAUGACUUCAACAAAAGUGGCCCAAGACCGACGACAUUUUCUGGUCAAAGAGCAUUAGAUUUUGUGCUAAGGAACCAAGGAUUGAUUGACAAGACUUUGUUGUUUGAUAUUGAACUCCUCAAAAUCGUUCAAGACUGAUCACCAUCAAGUUCACUUGCCUUGAGGAGAUUGCUUCUAAUCUUGGGCUUGAGGCAUAAGGAUCCACUAAGUGCUAGUCCAUUUACACCUAAACCAUAGGAACACUGGGUGAUUCAUGCAACUCGAAAAGGUGCAUUUUGGUUUUGCUCAAAUCUCAAAGUGAUGACCGUAAGUUUUCUGUUUCACAUCAAGAGGCAACAGAUGUCCAUGUCUCUGUGUCUCCGGGCAAGCAGCACGCAAGAAAGAGGCUCAACAGCACGACAUUGUUUCAUUCAUGUGGCAAGAGAGGAAAACUUGGAACACUACCCCAUCAGAAUGCCAAAAAACAAGUGCUUACUAUUUGUUUUACUUUGGAACCACUUCAAAAAAAGUUUUAUAUAAUUAUGUCAGCAUUCUCUCUCUCUUUGAAUCAUAGUUGCGGAGAUCUCUUGUAGAUUUCACAACAUGCUUAAAAUUCGAUCGGUCAUAGAUUGAUUGUUUAUCUUA